GUCCCCUCCAUGCAUGUAGCACCCUCUGCAGCGACACAACACAUUGCAGCCAUUAGACCUUCUCAGGAAGAUUACUACCAUGAGCAACGAUGAGCAACCUGAAGUGCUUUCAGCCGAAAACCGGGCUUCCUUUCUUGCGGAAGAUGAUGUCGGCAAGGAGAAACCACAGUACGUCUUGACUUCCAAGGGAGAACUUGUCCGUCACAGUGACACAACUGCCACCAAGACGAGUUUGGUCCUGGAUAUCGCCCAGUUCCCAGAAUCCAACUCGAGCAGUCAUCUAUUUGCCUUGGGAGAAGAAUGUCAUAUCCAAAUAUCUCCUUGCAAGAAGUAUUUGGCAUUGUAUUUUCAGAAGGCAGAGUUGGUGUGGAUGCUGGAUUUCAACAAGCAAAUUCUCUACAAACUUGACUGGAAAGCCAGCGUUUCAAAGAACCUUGUGAAAGUAAAGAGAUGCUCCAUUUCUUUCCAGGAAAAUGCAACAGCAGAAUUGGAAGCAGUAGUAUCCAUGAAUGUCGAGGCUGAAAAAGAAGCAACCGCACAGGCCUUGUUUUGUUCUAUUCAAGGACAACACAAGCAAGCCAUGGAACUGGCAAGCAAAAAAUUGCCUGCGGAUAGUGAAGAGUUGGCCACUGUCUAUGAGCAAAUUGGAUGUAUAGCCCGGGAUCUGGGUGACUAUGAAGCUGGCGGACAUGCCCUGGAAGAGGCUAUCCGUAUAUACAAGAAGAAUCUUGGAAGUACCCAUGAGAAAGUCGCCCGAGGGCUCCACGAGCUUGGAAAUCUCCUUGAUGAUGAAGGAAAGUACAAAGAUGCCAUGGACAAGUUCUUCGAGUCCCUGGAUAUUCGUCAGAAUAAUUUUGGAAAUGACAGUCCCUUGGUUGCAGAUGUUUUCUACAGCAUGGGUUACACUCUUCAGAACCAAGACUCUGUUGAUCAGGCACUGGAUUGCUUUGAAGAGUCUUGGAACAUUAACAAGGUGCAGCUAGGCCCAGAUGCCAAGGAGGUAGGGAAUGCAGCGAACAUUAUGGGAUACUUGCAAGCAAAGAGAGGGCAACUUGAUGAUGCUCUCUCCCUCCUUUGGGAUGCACUGAGGAUCAGAAAGUUGCAAGAGGACCAAGUCAAGGUCUCUGAGACUCUCAGGAACAUUGGAAAUGUUCACCGGGAGAAAGAAGAGCAUGAACUAGCAAUUGAGUGCUAUGAGGAAUGCCUGAGACUUCGGAAACUUGAGCUUGGUGAGAGACAUGCGAAGGUUGCGGAUGCCCUGGUUGGGUUGGGAAAUGUCAAAUCAGACCAAGGCAAGCAUGCAGAAGCAAGUCAGAGCUACGAAGAAGCUCUGAGCAUCCGGCGAGAAUGCUUUGGAGAGGAGGAUGUGAGUGUUGCAAAAGUGCUGGAAAAGCUUGGCAGCAAUCACUUUCAAGCCGAGGAAUACGACCAAGCAAUCCAGCAAUUGACACGAGCCAUUGAUAUUCGCGAGGCGAAGGAAGAAAGAGAUGGUGACUAUGUCAAUGCUCUCUUCAUGAUCGGCAAUAUUCACAAAAUGCGGGGUGACGAAGAAGCGGCAAUAAGGUGGUGGACCCAGGCAUACGAGAGAUUUCAGGAACUUGGUUUGGCUGAAAGCAACCCUCAGGUGGCGCAAGUGAUGGAAAGUCUGUUAGGCAACAAACAACCUGGAGUCAUGGACAAACUACAAAAGGCGCUCAAAGACUUCGCGAAGAAAUUGACUUGGAAGAAAAAGGUUUCGCCGGGAAGUGCGGCACAGACUGAACUCGGAGAAGAGUGAAAGAAAUCAACACACAUCCAACAUCAUCAUAUCCCUAGUUGCCACUCCGUCGGCAAAGAAAGGACUGAAUAGCAGCGCAUCGGCUCCAGAGUCCGCUAAAUUGAUGGUCGAGGGAAUACGAUGGCAGAGACCUUACAUAUAUGCAUAGACAGAAAAUCGUUUAGUCCGCACAAACGUAUGCUUG